AUGGAUGGGGAACCAACUUUUACGGAAACAAAGGAAAUUUUAGAUUUUGUACCAGAUAGAGUAGGACAUUUUUUGUAUUUUAAUAAUGAUAUUUAUGAUGAAAUUAUUAAAAAAAAAGUCCCGAUUGAAACUUGCCCUACUAGUAAUUUUAAAUGUAUGGAAUUAAAUGAUAUGAAAGAUCAUCCAUUUAAAUACUUUUUUUAUAAAAAUCAUCCUUUGAAUAUUAAUACUGAUGAUACUGGAGUUUUGGAUACACAAAUUAUUAUAGAGUUUAUUUAUAAAUUCAUGUAAUAUGGUUUUUGA